AACACUUGUGGUGGUUGGAGACCUGUGCCUGCCUGUUCCAUUCCUACACUUAGUCAUCUUACCACACCCUUCACUUCACCUUACACUCUCCUCCGGCCCAGGAACUGAAGCUACAAAGAGGGAAGAGAAGGGAGAAGAGAAAGAGGAAACUAACGAUUCCCAGCCCAACCCCAAGCUCCAUAUCCAGUGCAACGAACAGUCUGGUUGGAACACGCUCCAUCUCCCGCUCCAGCCUCCACUCCGGCCCCCAUUUCGGCUCCAGCCUCGCAUCGAGUUCCGGUCCUCAAUCCCCCGGGUUGCAUCCUCCCUCCCCGUUCCUGCCCUCCGCCAGCUCCCGCUCCGGGAUUGAGUAGCCGGACCCUCAAGGAAUGGCUGGUCCCUUCUCUCGUCUGCUGUCUGCCCGCCCGGGGCUCAGGCUCCUGGCUUUGGCUGGAGCUGGGUCUCUAGCCGCUGGGUUUCUGCUCCGCCCGGAACCUGUAAGAGCCGCCAGUGAACGACGAAGGCUGUAUCCCCCGAGCGCUGAGUACCCAGACCUCCGAAAGCACAACAACUGCAUGGCCAGUCACCUGACCCCAGCAGUCUAUGCCCGGCUCUGCGACAAGACCACACCCACUGGUUGGACGCUAGAUCAGUGUAUCCAGACUGGCGUGGACAACCCCGGCCACCCCUUCAUCAAGACUGUGGGCAUGGUAGCUGGAGAUGAGGAGACCUAUGAGGUAUUUGCGGAGCUGUUUGAUCCUGUGAUACAAGAGCGACACAAUGGAUAUGACCCCCGAACAAUGAAACAUACCACUGACCUGGAUGCCAGCAAGAUACGUUCUGGCUACUUUGAUGAGAGGUAUGUAUUGUCCUCGAGAGUCAGAACUGGCCGAAGUAUCCGCGGACUCAGUCUUCCUCCAGCCUGCACUCGGGCAGAGCGACGAGAGGUGGAACGUGUUGUAGUAGAUGCACUGAGUGGCCUGAAGGGUGACCUGGCUGGACGUUACUAUCGGCUCAGUGAGAUGACGGAGGCUGAACAGCAGCAGCUUAUUGAUGAUCACUUCCUAUUUGAUAAGCCUGUGUCCCCAUUGUUGACUGCAGCAGGAAUGGCUCGAGACUGGCCAGAUGCACGUGGGAUCUGGCACAACAACGAGAAGAGCUUCUUGAUCUGGGUGAAUGAGGAGGAUCAUACAAGGGUCAUCUCUAUGGAGAAGGGUGGCAACAUGAAGAAAGUGUUUGAAAGAUUCUGUCGAGGCCUCAAAGAGGUGGAGCGGCUGAUCCAGGAACGUGGCUGGGAGUUCAUGUGGAAUGAGCGUUUGGGAUACAUCUUGACCUGUCCGUCUAACCUGGGCACUGGACUUCGGGCAGGAGUGCACAUCAAACUGCCUCUGCUAAGCAAAGAUAGCCGCUUCCCAAAGAUCCUGGAGAACUUAAGGCUCCAGAAACGUGGUACUGGAGGAGUGGACACAGCUGCCACAGGCAGCGUCUUUGACAUCUCUAAUUUGGACCGACUGGGCAAGUCAGAGGUGGAGCUGGUGCAGCUGGUCAUCGAUGGUGUGAACUAUUUGAUUGAUUGUGAACGGCGUCUGGAGAGAGGCCAGGAUAUCCGCAUCCCUCCUCCUCUUGUCCACAAUAAGCAUUAAAUCCCCCUCCCCAGAAGAUGACUCAAGAUCCCCAAGACUUCUGCUUGUUCUAAUGUGGCCCAUUCUACUUGCCUUGGAUGCCCCCAACUCCCUUCUGUCCUAGUAAAGACUCCUUGCUGUGCUCUA